CUCGGCGCGCGGCUCCCCCCGGCGGCGGGAAAGGGACCAGGAGUGACCGUGGGGACCGGGAGUGACCGCAGGGACAGGAGAGUGACCGCAGGGACAGGAGAGUGACCGCAGGGACCGGGCCGUCCGCGUCCCCACCCCCGGCAGCGACAUGUCCACCGCCAUGAACUUCAGCAGCAAGAGCUUCACGGCGCGGCCGCCGGACAAGGGCGCGUUCCCGCUGGAUCACUUCGGGGAGUGCAGCGCCUUCAAGGAGCGCUUCAUGGAGUGUCUCCGGCACAGCGGCUACGAGAGCGCGGCCUGCCGGCAGAGCGCCAUGGCCUACCUGGAGUGCCGCAUGGACAGGCAACUUAUGGCUAAUGAACCACUGGAAAAAUUGGGAUUUAAAGACCUGAUAAAUGAAAAAUCAGAAGAAAAACCUGAAAAGUCAUAGUGAAGACAGUUUUGCUCCUCAUGAAGGGAAAGCAUAACUCUGAAUGUAGUACAUAUUGUACGUUCUGUUCGUAUUGCAACAGGAAGUGUUUCCUGAAAGAACCUUUUUUCCAAAGUUUAAUUUUCCUAAAAUAAGGUUUUUCUUUAAAAGAGCAAAAGUACUGCCUUUGUCUGCUUUGUUCAAGUAUUUCUUAACUUCUUUAUUUUAAUUUCUCUAGUGGCAAAACAGUUACAGCCCAAAAUGUUCUCUGUGUCUCUGUAAGAACAGUGAAGUCUUUAAGAGGACAAAACCCAAACCAAGCAAUCCUUUGUUGUGUAGGUCUUGAACUGCUGAUUAGUCUUCUGUGGGCAGUACUGAUACGCUCACAGCAGUUUGCCAGGUGGAAAUAAAGCUGUUUUACUUCAAAAUUGCUUUUUAUUAAAUACUGGCAUUAGUCCCCAUCCCUGGGGUGAUCUCACCCUGCUAUGGAAGACAUUGGGGUCCUGUGGGGGUACUUGGGGUGCAGUGUUUUUUCAGUCAUUUCAUCUUCCAUCAUUGUUGGGAAAGUAUUUUUAGUUCCAGACACCAGUCAGGGAGUGAUUCUGCUUUUAUUUACCAUGCUAUUAGUGUUCAUCUAAUUUUUUCAUCAUUUAACUUGGAAUAGUGAUAUUUCUCUUGCAUGUUCUAGUGCAGUUGAAGUCUUUCUUAAUUAAUGUUGAGUUCAAGCAGAAAAACUUUGGCCUGUUAGCCCCCUGGAAAUGUGUUUCAAGCAGGCAAUAAAUUUGUAAAUUUUCUGGA